AUGCCUGUCAAACGGAAAACACUCUCCACGGCAGCAUCCAAGCUCAAUAGUGGUGCGAAAAUAGUGCACGAUGUCUUUGAACCACCAGUUGAUACAGAGAAAGAGUCGCGUCCUACUAAAAAAACGAAAAGUUCAGCUGCUGGGACUCAAAAGUCAAACACCAAUGUCAUCAAGCAAAAGUCUACCGGUAAUAAAGUCGAGACAGAAGAUAACGAAAAAGACUAUGGAAUUGAUAUGAAAGCUGAGGCUGAGAACAACGCUAGCACAAACAACAACUUUGGACCGACCAAUACUUGUAUGCCAGCUACUUUGUCUUUCCAAAAGAAACAGGAGGACACGAUAAAGUUUGCUUCCUGGAAUGUUAGCGGUUUGACUGCAGCAAUGAAAAAGGGAUUUGAGACGUAUAUGGAUGCUGAAGAUGCAGACAUUUUGUGCCUGCAAGAGACCAAAGUGAAAGGGCCGUUAGAGAUAAGCUCUAUCACUGAUAGAUAUCCUCACAGGUGGUGGGCGAUUGGCGACAAGAAAGGACACGGUGGUGUAGCUGUAUUCUCAAAACUUGAGCCGAUUUCCGUGACUUUUGGAGUCGCGACUCAUUCAGACGUAGAGUACACAAAAAGUAGGGUUAUCACGCUGGAAUUUUCCGAUUUUUAUUAUGUUGCUUGUUAUAUUCCCAAUUCGGGAACUAAGUUGAAGAAUUUGGCCGCGAGGAUGGAGUGGGAUAUUGCAAUGGAUAAAUAUUUGAGGCAAUUAGAUGAAAAGAAGCCUUUAAUCUGGGCCGGCGAUUUGAACGUUGCACAUACAACGAUUGACUUGGCGAGACCUUCAACCAAUUCCAAAACAGCAGGCUUUACAGCGGAAGAACGAGCAGACUUUGAAAAGUUUUUGAAUGGUGGUGCGCAAAAGUUUGUUGAUACAUGGCGCCAUUUCCAUCAAGAGACCAAGGGAGUGUAUACAUACUAUUCGUACAGAUACAAUUGCCGCACCAAAGGUAUUGGAUGGCGAUUAGACUAUCAUGUAGUAAGCGAGCGAUUACUCGAUAGGAUUAUAUUGAGCGAGAUCAGGAGUGAGUGCUAUGGAGCUAGUGACCAUGUUCCAAUCGUCAUGAUUUUAAAAGCUUAA